UUAUACACAUUUCUGUAUUUUAUAUCAAAAAAGAGAAAUGUGUUAGUGAAGCAAGAUCUUAAAAGUUUCAUCAGAAAUCCAAACAUGUCUGAUCUCCUCAGGAGUUCAGUGGACAAGGCCUUACAGAGUGAGAAUGGACACCUGGACCUGUUCCUCCGCUUCCUUCUGGGUCUCUCACUGGAGACCAAUCAGACUCUCCUACGAGACUUAAUGCCACAGACAGGAAGCAGAUCUCACAGCAAACAGGAAACAGUGAAAUACAUCAAGGAGAUGAUCAGGGAGAAUCCAUCUCCAGAGAAAUCCAUCAAUCUGUUCCACUGUCUGAAUGAACUGAAUGAUCAUUCUCUAGUGCAGGAAGUACAAACUUACCUGAACAGAGGAGGUGACAGUCGUCUCAGUGACACCAGACUCUCUCCUGCUCAGUGGUCAGCUCUGGUGUUUGUGUUACUGACCUCAGAACAGGAGCUGGAUGCGUUUAAUUUGAGUAAAUAUGAUGAAUCAGAUGAAGGUCUUCUGAAGCUGCUGCCAGUGGUCAAAGCCUCCAGAGAAGCUGUUCUGUUUCAGUGUAAUCUGACAGAGGAAAGCUGUAGAGUUCUGUCCUCAGUUCUCAGCUCAAACUCCACCAGUCUGAGAGAACUGGACCUGGGUAACAAUAAACUGCUGCAGGAUUCAGGAGUGGAGCUGCUCUCUGAUGGACUGAAGAAUCCAUACUGUACACUGGAGAAACUGAGGAUGUGUGACUGUAGUAUUACAGAUGAAGGUUGUGCUGCUCUGGCUUCAGCUCUGAGGACAAACUCCUCAUCACACCUGAGAGAACUGAAUUUGUACGAUAAUAAUCCAGGAGAAUCAGGAGUGAAGCUGCUCUCUGAUCUACUUGAAGGAUCCACACUGUAAACUGGAGACACUAUACAUUAAUGAUAAGAUACUCACCAGGUCUGGUGUAUGACAGGAGUCUCUCCUCAGACCUUUUUUCCAGGAUAAAUCAGUUAUGGAGGCGAAGCGUUAGAACACGUCCCACAUUUCCAGCAGUUUGGGAGCUGAAUCAUUCAUAUUCAGA